AUGUCUGAUUUGAAGCCAAGGUCCGGCAGGUUGUCCCUGCUAGGGCUGGCCAGGGAGGUGUUCAACUGGUAUCCAUCCGCCUACCCAGCGGAGGAAAGGAAAUUGCUGUUCAAACUGGAUCUGUCCAUCCUUACUUUUGCCUGUCUCUGCUUCUUUGUCAAGUAUCUCGACCAGACAAAUAUCAGCAAUGCCUAUGUCAGCGGCAUGAAGGAGGACUUUGGACUCUAUGGGAACCAACUCAACUACUUCAACAUCUGCUACUAUACAGCAUAUGUUGUGUUUCAAGUCCCCGGCCUGCUCAUCAUGUCCCGUCCGAAACUAGCUCGCUGGCUGCUGCCCGGUCUCGAGGUUCUCUGGGGCAUUUGCACCUUCGCCCAGAGCCGCGUUACCAACGUCGACCAGCUAUAUGCCCUCCGCUUCUUAGUUGGUAUGCUGGAAGCGCCUGUCUUUGCGGGAACCCAUUUCAUUCUUGGAUCAUGGUACUCCGGGCCCGAACUAUUCAAGCGAGCCGGAACCUGGUUUAUUUGCAAUCCACUCGGAACCAUGGUCAGUGGAUAUCUGCAAUCGGCAGCCUAUAAAAACCUUUCCGGCGUCGGGGGAAUGCCAGGAUGGAGGUGGCUGUUUAUCAUCGAUGGGAUAUUUACCAUUCCCGUGGCAUUAAUUGGAUUCCUGGUCUUUCCCGGGAUCCCAGACUCCCCAAGGCCCUUUUACUUGACGGAACGAGACAUUAUUCUGGCCAAGGAGAGAGCCCAGCGAGCAAAGAUCCGACGACCGGGAAAGUUAGGGCUGGACGUGUUCAAGCGGACGUUUAAGAGAUGGCACAUUUGGGUUUUCAUCACCAGUUAUGCCUGCAUGAUCAUCUCCUCGUAUCCCAGCAGCUAUAUGAAUCUAUGGCUGAAGGCAGAGGGAUAUUCAGUCAGCCAGAUCAACCAGCUACCAACUGUCGUUUCCGCCAUUAACAUUGUCACGUCCUGGUUUGGGACAACGCUGGCUGCCAUCUAUCCAUCAUGGAUCAUUUAUACUAUUAUCACCGCAUGUUGUCUGUUUUCGACACUAUGCAUGAUAAUCUGGAACAUACCGACGGCACUCAAGUUCGUUGCGUGGUAUCUCCUCGGCGUUCCUGGCUGCGCCAGUCCGAUCUUAUACUCGACCGUGAAUACGAUAGUCAAGGAUGACUCUGAAGAACGAGCCCUCAUUCUGGGCUCCAUGAUGACAUUUGGCUACUCCUUCAACAUCUGGGUCCCACUACUUGCAUUCCCAACAGCUGGCCCAGACGGUGCGCCGAGAUGGAGGAAGGGAUGGCCCAUUUCAUUCGUUUUCUAUUUCCUCCUAUGGGUCGGUUUCAUGACAGCCAUUUUGAUAUACAGAUAUGAGCAAAAGAGGGCAUCUCUGGAACACCGCCAGGACAGCGGUGAUGAGGAGACGGAGACGACCAUCGUUGUCGAGGCUGGUCCGACUAAGAAUGGAACGAAGAUCUGA